GCGACGGCUCGGGGUCGGGGUGGACUUCGGUCGGGUCUCCGGGAGCGGCGCAGGUGUUCGGUCGACUUGUGACCGGCAGAGCGCGGCUGUCUCCGUGCGGGGUGCCGUUCCGAGCGUGCUCCCGACCCCGACCAACCGCGGCCCGGCGUCGACACCGGCACAGCAUCCGACGGCAGUGACGGACAUCCGGCCGGCCCGCCAGACGCCAGACCGACCAGAUGGCGCUGCUCUCCCACCGCGGGUUAUCGCAGCUAGCGCUGGGGCUGCGCGGCCUCUCGACCGUGCGCCUGAGCGACAACCUGGCGCUGCUGACCGUGUCGGAGGUGCCGGCGCGCGGCGUCUCGCCGGAGCACGUGCUGCGCCACACGGCCGACCAGCCGGUGGCCAUCAUGCUGCCGUGGCUGGGGGCCACGCAGAAGGGCAUCCGCAAGUACGCCGACUUCUACCUCAGCCAGGGCUUCAACGUGCUGGUGGGCACCGUGACGGCCAGACAGCUGCUUCUGCCUGAGAGCGGCGCCCAGGUGGCUGCGCGCCAGCUGGUGGACGUUUUGCUUGCGAACGAUGACGUCAGUCAGUACGUGGUGCACGGCUUCUCCAUCGGGGCGUACUACUGGGGCGAGGUGCUGGGGCAGAUGGCCUGGAUGGACCCUGGACGGACCAUCACCAGGAAGAUUACUGGCCUGGUGUUCGACAGCCCCGCCGACAUCACGGAGAUCCCAGUCGGCCUGUCGAUGGCCGUCACCGACAAUGUCCUGCUGCAGAAGAUGAUCGCUGCAUACGCCAAGUUUCACCUGAAGACCAUGGAGAAGCUGGCGACGCGUCACUACCGCGAGGCGAAGCGUCAGUUCGUGCACUAUCCGCUGGAGGACGCCACCGCCGUCAUGUUCCUGUGGUCCCAAAAUGAUCCGGUCUGCUGCUGCGAAGCCAUCCUUGACGCUGGUGCCGAGCAUGAGAAGCAUGGCAGGAAGGUGUUCUACAAGUGCUGGCCCGACUCGAAGCACGUGCGCCACCUGAUCCAGCAUCCGGGCGAUUACCACUGGGAGGUGUCCGAGUUCUUCAAGCACUUGGGGCACCUGCGCUUCCCGGACCGGUUCCCCGCCCACAGACAGGCGGCCGCCGUCAGCCAGUGAACUGGCGCCGCCGAAGAGCGCGCCCCCUGGCGCCGCCGG